CGAGGCUCUGUCAUGGCGGCCGCCGAUAACGCUUCUUCGGCCGACAAGAACGAGCAGCUGGCGCCGGAGGCCGAGGCGCUGGUCGCGGCCCGGGAGCGGAGCAGCCGCUUCUUGAGCGGCCUGGAGCUGGUGAAGCAGGGCGCCGAGGCGCGCGUGUUCCGCGGCCGCUUUCAGGGCCGCGCGGCCGUGGUGAAGCACCGCUUCCCCAAGGGCUACCGGCACCCGGCGCUGGAGGCGCGGCUCGGCCGGCGGCGGACGGUGCAAGAGGCCCGGGCGCUGCUCCGCUGCCGUCGCGCAGGGAUAUCUGCCCCCGUUGUUUUUUUCGUAGACUAUGUUUCCAACUGCUUAUACAUGGAAGAAAUUGAAGGCUCAGUGACCGUUCGAGAUUAUAUUCAGUCCACCAUGGAGACUGAAAAAACUCCCCAAAGCCUCUUUGGCUUAGCCAGGACAGUUGGGCAGGUUUUGGCUCGAAUGCACGAUGAAGACCUCAUUCAUGGUGAUCUCACCACUUCAAACAUGCUCCUAAAACCCCCCGUGGAACAGCUGAACAUCGUGCUCAUCGACUUUGGACUCAGUUUCAUUUCAGCACUUCCAGAAGAUAAGGGAGUCGAUCUCUAUGUGCUAGAGAAAGCCUUCCUCAGUACCCAUCCCAAUACUGAGACUGUGUUUGAAGCCUGUCUGAACAGCUACUCCACCUUCUCUAAAAAGUCCAGGCCAGUGCUAAAAAAAUUAGAUGAAGUGCGCCUGAGAGGAAGAAAGAGGUCCAUGGUAGGGUAGAAGAGUCUGUUCGACAAGUACAGACAUUUAGGCCAUUUAUGUGAAAAUGAAUUUGAAGGAGUGCUCCAAGUAUGAGAUUAGACCUAAAUAAAGGCAUUGAGAUGU